UAACCGUCCACCAUAGCAGCUGUAGAAUCUAGCUUAAACCCCGAAUCAGCUGUUGACGGGCUGGCGGGAGUUAAUGAGUAAUGACGUAUUAUCCUAAAGAUUUCAGUCAAAAAGGGCUACCAGGUUUACGCCACCUAUAUUUUGAACGGGAUUCUAUAAGCUUGUACAGACAUGCCUCACCAUAAACGAGCGGAUCUCCUUAACGCCGCCAUAGCUUUCUGCGAGAGCUUUGCGCAGAAAAAACCACCCGACGAGAUACUAAGCCAUUUCUCGUCCUCCACCAACAUAUUGGCAUACGAGCAUGGACUCAAGAAACUCGCCCCUUUCCUCGGUCGAGAAUUCCGGGGGCACGACGGGGUACAGGAAUACUUCAGCACCAUUUCCUCGUGUCUAAGCUACGAGGAUAUGUGCUUCGCGGACUACAUUGUCGAUGCUGUUGAGAAUCGCGUCGCAGUCCGCGGCACCGCCAAGUUCACGUGGACGGCUACGGGCGAGAGCUGGGAUGAAGUCUUCGCAUAUGCGCUUAAAUUCGAUGGUCAGUACAAAGUUCUUAGCUAUCAGGUCUGGGCCGACUCUGGCGCUGCAUAUCUUGCGAGUAAGGGUCAUCUAAAGGAGUUAGAAAGUGAUUAAAGGCAAUUCACUAGUUUAUGAUGAGUGUUCCAAGAAGUUACGCCAAUAUAUCUAGUGCGCCCAGAGGCCCUAGAAGUGAAGAAAUAUAGUAUUUAAUAUGCCAUAUCACUUGUCAUUUACACUACCUAAUCUAUGCUCUAAGUGCUUUCAUCGCUCGCUUAGUGAAUCCUUAAUGACUGGCAUGCCAAUUGCUGCCGUGUAGAAUUUCAGAAUACCGCCGUCUUCUAUACAGACGACUUUGGGCAACUAUUUCAUGUCCAUAAGCUUUAUAAGGACAUAAUCCAACCCAGCCCAACAAGCAACCCACAUAAUCAACUCUCCUUUUAUAGUCAUUGAAGACAGCACGUCUCCAGCGAUCGAGUUAAACGGAGUGGAGACCAACUAAUAUUGAGAUGGAACUCCCCAUCCCCUUUUAACUCGCAUCGAGAUUCUCCAUCCUAACUCUUCAUUUCCUCUUCGCGUCGUUCUCGCUUUCCUGGACAAGCUCGUCACGCUCCCAGAGCAGUGCAAAUGCACCAGCUACGAAUCC